CCCUCGGGUCGCUGCGUCGUUCCAUGCAGCCAACUGCACGUCGUCGAGUGGAAAGGAAGCGUGAAAGAAACCCGGUGGGAGUACCGAAGUGAUCGUUUGAUUUUUCACUGGGUGUGAAGUUGGUUUCGCGUGGUGUUUGUCGCGCCAGGAGUUCCGCGACGCGCGCCGUUUUCUUUUCUUUUACCACGUCGAAUGGCCCCGCGCGUCGGCGAAUAUGCUGUAGACGAGUAAUAUCUGUCGUUUAUCGUGAAUACUGGUGCGUCGUUGCUCGAAGUGCGUGGGAGGAAGAGCAGACCGAGAAACAGGAGGGAAUAUUGUUAGACCAGUGGUGAAUAAGUGUGGAUGUGAGUGACAACGGCCGCGAUUACAGAUCGCGUAUUCCUGAGUAUCCACGGACGAAUCAUCAGCCUAGCAAAAUGAUGGGGAAGAGAACGCAGUGUUACUUGUGCGAUCUGCCCAGGAUGCCCUGGGCCAUGAUCUUGGACUAUUCGGAGCCUGUGUGCCGCGGUUGUGUGAACUAUGAAGGCGCCGACAGAAUAGACUUGGUGCUAGAGUCCGCGAAGCAAAUGAAGAAGGCGCACGGCUUCCAAGAGGCCAGGUCUUCGACGUCCAAAGCGUACAGGACGACCGGGCACACGGAGCACAACGGUGGCACGAAUCUGGACGUCCUGCCGAUACAGAACACCGGCCAGAGCCACUCGAGGCAUCACAAUAUCGCCGGUUACUCGCAACUUCAUCACCGGAACUCGAUCACCGAGUUCAACUCCGGCACGUCGAGGCUGACUGCCGCCCGUCAGCACGAGGAAACCCACGAGAUCCAAAAUGGCAUUAGGAGUAACAACGUAAGACUGCCGAACGCCCACAUGGCCGCAGUCGCGCAUCACGUGAACCUCAGCCACACCAGGGGCAUCGCGCAGCUGAAACGCGGCAUAUCCACUAUCGACGAGGACGAGCACGCGGAGAAGAGGCUCUCCUUGGAGGAACAGCAUCCGGUCAGACCACCAUUGACCAGGGGUGAUUCCCUGCCAGCUGUGAGCCUGGCCGUCAGCUACGUUCAGGACAGAAGUAAGGAGAAACAUCCCGUGAGGGCACCCAGCUUCGACACCGCCACCACAUUUAAGUCCAACGUAGCAUAUGUCGGCCCCUCGAUCCCGCUGGCGCCGGCAAAUGUGGCGGCGAACGGAGGCGGCUCUCCGCUUCGUCCACGAACGAGCCCACCGCCACCGCCACCACCUGCCCAAGAAGGGUCCAACGAUAAUCCGCAAUCGAAUCACCACCAGGGUUCGACGAAUGGGCCAUCACCGAUGGCCGCGCUCAUGUCCGUCGCCGAUAAUCUGGCGUCGCCCGAGUCAGUGCCACAACCACCGAACAAUCCAAGCCCAACAAGCAGAAGCCCGCCAACUACCGCUACCAAUGCUCAACAACGCAGUGCCUCUAGAAGUUCGCAACACAGCCCUAACAGUUCAGGCGCGUCGGGUAGGAGGUCCACUGGAGGCUCAAGGCACGUGUCGUCCACGACCGUAACGACAUCGUCGGAGGGAGCUGUCGCCCAGGUCGCUGGCGCGGAACAAGUGUCAGCACCAAUUUUGAAAUGCACCCUAUGUCAGGAACGCCUCGAAGAUACGCACUUCGUUCAGUGCCCAAGUGUGCCACACCACAAAUUCUGCUUCCCGUGCAGCCGGGAGAGCAUAAAGAGACAGGGCGCCGGUUCAGAGGUUUACUGCCCGAGCGGAGAAAAGUGUCCACUGGCGAACAGCCAAGUGCCAUGGGCAUUCAUGCAAGGCGAGAUCGCCACCAUUUUGGGCGACGACACCACAGGCUCCGGCUUGAAGGUGAAGAAGGAGAGAGAAACUUAAAGAUUCUCGCAAAACGUUUAAUCGGGGCUCAAAUUUUGCACCCUCGCCAGACGAGGGUAUAAUCAUGGUGGAACCGUGAAGGUUCAACUGAAAUUCUACAAUUUUGGUAAUGGUGAUACAUGUUGGCGGAUUGUCGGCCAACAUAUCUCGACUCGAGCCAAAGACGUUGUCGGUGUUAAAUUGGAUUUUCACGAGCGUUGUCGGAACGCAUUGUUGGGGAAAGUGGACGAAUUUUCGUUUCCGGCGGGUCGUGGGUGCGCGCGUGCGCGUUUCACGAUCGCCGGUGUGGUUGGUCAGUUCACGGAAAAGGUAACGAUAAGUUUCGGUCGGAUCGAAUUUGUUCGAUCAAUUGUUUUUUGACUGGUCUUGAGAAGAAGUCUUUGGCAAUUUUUGCACGCUGGCGCCGGUCAUGCAUACACAGACAUACGUACACACGCAUACACACUUACACACUUACACACAUACACGCACAUACAGAUUUACACACGAAACAAGCAAGCGUUGUACAUACAGGAUGAUUACUGUAGAACGGUUAACCCCUUGCCGUACAAAUAUUGAGUCACACUCGUUUGAAACUUCUGAAACAGAAGUUACAAAAAUUAAAUGUCACUCAAUUAUCUUGGGUUCAAAUUAAAAUACCAUUUUUUCUGUUAUUAUUAUGUUUCGAAGUAAAGGCGGACACAGAUGAAUCGAGGAUGUUUCUUUGCUCGUUGAUCAAUCGUAAAGGACAAAACUAACCCAGCGAGCGCGGUUACAAAGGAUAAUUCAUAGGGCAAGGGGUUAAUGCGCGAGGAAUAAAAUGAAAGACGCACGUGGUUUUUUGGUCAAUUCUGUACGAAUAAUCUUAAAGAUACGUCGCGGAGAAAGAGAUUAAGUGUCCAGUUUGGGUUUGUACUUAGGCUCAGCGGCAGCCUUUAUUGUUUGUCGUAUCGCGAACGCAUUCGCGAUUCAUUUUUCAUACUUUCUGUUUUCUUUUUUCGAAGUACAGCAACGUACCGCCAAGUGGAGACUUCCCGCGGCACACGGACGUAGGUGUCGCGCGGCGAGUAACACGUUACACGAACCACGUACACGCGUACCACAUGUACACGUAUACACGUGACGCGAUUUACCGUGAAACAAUUGAACGGUUGUGUAUUGUACUUUAUUUUUUAAAUGACACUGAUAUUUGCGAUUAACCGAAGCCUAACGCGUUCGGUGGUUGGAGCCGAUCGGCAGGAGAUUCCGAUCGGUUCGGUCCUUUUCUAAUCUUUUAUUUGUAUACUCUUUCUACUGUUACACUCUCGUGUUGUAUCAUAAAAGAAAGGAAAAAGCAUUGCGGACAUAUUUAGACCCUGCGUACGGGUUUUUUCUUGUACAUUGUGUAUAUGUGUACAUACCACAUUAUUAAUAAAACUUAUGACUAAAGGAGUAACCAUUUUUAAAUGUACAAAAGGAAAAAACUUACAUUCGUUUUUGCGUGUUCUCUAUUAUCGAUUUAAAUUAUUUCUUUUCUAUUUUUUUUCCUUUCGUUCUUCUCUCAUUAAUUUCUUUUUCGCUCUAUAUCUCGUUUCGAGCAAUUCGAAUUUAAGGGAACCGUACGUCUAGAGAGAUCGUCUCUUCGUAUUUGACUUUAUCUCUUCUUCCUUUUUUUUUGUUUUUCGUUCCGUUUCAUUCUCAUUUCGCGAAAGACGCUCGAACGCGUAUAUUUACCGUCUUUUUCAGUUUCGAUCGUUAUCCUCUCGAGGACUCUUGUACACACACUGUUUCGUAAGUCGCAUCACUUGCCGCGAAACUCGUCCGGGUAUUUCGAGGAGCAUUCGGCGAAGCAUCGGGGGAGCUUUGGGGAGGACGGGUGGUCGGGCGAGCAUCGUUUCUUAAUCCAGUCACGCUCGAAGGAAGCAAAACUAAAAGGGGGAAAGAAAAACAAAAUGAAGAAAAAUGAAAAAUAAAAAAACGGAACGAUUAUCCGAUCGUGUAACGUCCACUUUCGCCUUUAGUUUAAUCGCUAGACUUUAAGUGCGAGGGCCUUUUGGUUUUUCAUUUUGCCGAUGAAAAAGGAAAGAAGUACGCCCGUCAAAUAGGAACCAUACACUCGCUAUGUUUAAAAUGGAAAAAAUGAGUAAAAGAGAAAAAGCGUUUAAAGGGAAGACGAAAACGAAGAUGGUACGAACCGACGAGGAAGAAAAGAGAAGGAUAAUGGAAAAAAUGCAGAAAGACGCGUACACGGUUCUCGCUCGCGUUCGGGGAAUCCCCGACGCGUUCAACGGACGCGCGGGGAUCGUCUCGUACGCCGGCGGUUCUUUUUUGUAAAUAAAUAUAUAUUUGUACAAAACGGGGGAAAAGAAAGGAAGACGAAUCGGCACACGAUGAUGAUGGAGGAGCGGCGAUCGAUGAGAAGGGGGAGGAUGAAAAUAAUAACGUUUGCGGGACCGUAUCGCGAUCCGCGCGUCGCGGAGAGCGAGCGGGUCCACCAUUUUGUCGCGGCCAUUUUCGGAUCGAUCUCGAUCGCGAACCCCGGCGGCUGUUUGAUUUUUAAACCGUUGUUUCGCGGAAAGGAAACAACGACCGAAACCCGUAGAGGCUAUCUGCGUAGGCGUAAGCAACAAACACUUAUGUACCGAAAUAUCGCGGAGCAUUGUUCGCGAGGAGAACACGGGAGAGAGAGACUGAGAGCGAGAGCAGUGAGAAGAAAAUAGAAAAAAAGAGCGAGAAAGAAUGGCGAUCGAUGAAGGCGAAACGAAGAGAGGAAGACGCUCGAACGAGAAUCGAAGGGCCGGCGUUGAUCGAGAAAAGAUAAACGGAGCACAAUUUGAUCGUAGCAAUACUUUACAGAGGCUGUACGUGAUAUUUUUUAGUCCCGGGCAGGUAGUUCCUACCUUCGAUGUCAAACGUUGAUUACGGCA